AUGAAAUCGAUUGAUGCACAUCACGUUGAUCUUUUAAAAUUGAAUGUUGAUAAGAAAAUAGACGAUGAUAAUGCAUGUGAUAUGUCUCAAUUAUUAGAUGGCGCUCUCAAUUCCUUAUUCCAAGCUCCAAAUUCAGAUAAGAAGCAAUAUAUUCAAGUUCUAUGUGAAAACAGAUCAUCUAUAAAGAAUUUUCCAGACAUUUUUAAUUAUCCAUCUGUUUUUCGACAACUAUUCCAAUUAUCAAAUAUUCCUGACAUAAAAGAAGAUGUAUUUUCAUUGCUUAAGGAAUUUGUUUCAAGCUGUAGAUGGUGUUCACAUGCAUUAUUCAUGUCACAUAUCGCUGAAAAUUCUAUCAAAGACGAUCCUGAUAUAUUAUCUGUUGAAUUCGCUCUUAGAUGUGCCAUAUUCUCUGAUGAGAUCAAAGAUGAAUUAGUUAAACUGGAUUUUCUCUCAAUUUGUUUGAAAUUUAAAGAAAACCUCAAUAUUUUGCAACUAAUUUUAGAAGUGAAUUGCACCGAAGACAUUAUUAGUUCAAUAGAUAUCGAAGCAAUAGUUAAAGAGAUUCCAAAUACUGCUUCUUUUAAUAUAAUUUCCAAAAUCACAGAGAAUUCAUCUCAAUUUUGUCAGGAUAUAUUCCCAAUACUUGACGAGUUUAUGAAUAGUAUUACCCCUGAAUAUUUAACAUCAGAUUUCAUGUCUCCAUUUUUAAUUUCAAUCUACAAUGUAUUAACAGAUUUGGGCUUUAAUAGCUUUGAUACUGGAUUUCAUUCAAAGCUUAAAAGAUUAUGUGUUGAUAUUGCCGAGAAUGGCCUUUUUGAAAGUCGAAUUGAAGCAAUAAAUUUAUUAAUAAAUAUUCUUCAAAGAUGUAGGUUAGAAAUUGUAAUAGCAUGCUUGGAUGCAGAUGUUAUCGAUGUAAUUGGGCAGAUGUUGCUUGCAAAUAUUGAUCAAGAUUUUAUAGUCCGUAUUUUGAUCACUUUUCAGUUACUUCUCACUCGAUUUUUGGAGUAUGGAAACUAUGAGUCCUUAGAUAUGUUAGCUAGUUUACUGGACAACGAUUUUUGUGAUGUAUUGGAAGAACUCUCUGAAAGCAGAAGUAGUUUGGUUGCUAAUAAUGCUGAAAGUUUAUAUGAUAUGCUUCAUGAUAAGUUAUUUAGAAAUGAUUAG